AUGGCUUCGAAUGGAGAAACGGCCAUCGAACAGGAUGAUGAAGAUAAAGAGGUUUGACUUGAUUUUUAAUUUUAUUUUUUUGUUUUUCAAGAUAUGAUGAAACUAAUUUUAUUUACUCAACUUUUUUUCUAAAAAUAAUGGUGUUUUGUGUUUCAGAAAGAGGAAAAGUAAUUUCGAAAAAUUUAAAAAUAAUUUAGGAAUUUCAUGUUUUUUUCUGAUUAUAAAAAAAUACAAUUAUUUGCUUUUUUAGUGAAAUUUUUUUACAAAAAAACUUGGUAAUUUACCUAGGGAAAACAAUUUAAAGUCAUUUUUUGAUAGGAAUGUUUUUUUAUGAGGAAAUAUAGUCGAAAAUGUAGGUCGUUUUUUUCAGUUUUUGAAAGCAAAUAUGCAAAAAAAUCUGCGAUGCUUUUAACAUGUGAUCGUCUCGAACAGAACUCCCGGAGUUAUUAAAAAAUGAUUUUUACUUCAAAAAAGACCUUUUUCGGUAUUUUCUCAGUUCCAAUUGAAUUCUACUUCAGGACGUCUCCUGUGAAGGCGUAAUUGGAUGUUUGCCAAACGUCUUGGACCCCGUACAUCGUCAAGAAUUGGAAGAUUUGGUGGAGAAUUUGCCGAAAGUCGUCGCCGCCAAGGAAAAUGAUCCCAGUACUUUCGAGGUAUCGUUGAAAUUCAUAUCGUUGAAUUUUAGGUUGUUUUUUGAAGCGAUUUCUGUAAUUUUAUCUCUACCUCUCCAAAUUUUAGUUAUCUUUUUCACUCUCUGACGUCUUUUUUGUUGCUUUUUGCGGGAUCAUGUUAUUUUUUCUGCAGUAGAAUUCGUAGGAAUAUGUUUUUUUAAUGGAAGUUCCCAGUUUCAGUCGUUUCUUUUAUAUCUUCAAAAAAAAUUUUUCUUACUUUUUCGAUGGGUGUGAUAGAUCAAUAAUGUUUAAUCUCAAGAACCAGUCUUUUUUUUCUACAUUUGUUGGUUUUGUAAAAAAUGAUGAUCACGUUUUUUUGUGAAAUCAAAAAAAGUGACGAAGAGGUGUUUAAAAAAAUUUAAAAAAACCUUCUUUUUUUCGGAUUUAAUCGGUAAAAAAAUGCAUAUAAAAAGGCUUUGAUAAAUAAUUUUUUUCUUCCGAAAAACACUUUUUUUCUGCAUGAUCCUGUUUAGAACAAAACGGAGAAAAAUCUUUUUUUCUUUAAAAAAACCCAGAAAAAAACCGCCUCAGAAGGUUCAUCUAACAAAGAUUUUCUGUGGUUUUCCAAUACCUUUUGAUUUCACGUUUUUUUAUCAGCUUCAUAAAAAAAUAUGACUAAAAGUACCUGAAGAUCUACUGUGGCUUGGAAAAAGGAGCUCAGCAGGCUUUUUUCCAUCAAUUUAGGAUCUUCUAGUGGGUCACUUUCAUUUCCUUCCGAGGGUCCUUAAAGGAAUUUCUAAGCUCCAAAACUUAAAUUUUCUUUUUUUUUAAUCAAAAAUAGUAUAUUCCAGAAAUCGAUCGAUCGUUUCUCGAACCUUCUCUACCUCUACCACGAACAAUCCAACCUUCUGGAUUCCCUAAUUCCGUCGAUGUUGAAGAAUUUGUUGGAAUAUGUGACCCUGCCAAGUUCUGGUGAUCCUCAUAGAUUAUUCUGGAUUAAAUGGAUUUUUUAGAUUCGAAAAAAGAGCUCGAUUCGCUGUCCAACGAAUCUUUGGCCUAUAUUGCUCAUCUGAGCAUUGUUCGAGGCUAUAAAGUCAUCGUUCGGCUUUUGCCUCAUCAGGUUGGUUUAAUUAUUAUUUUUUUUCAUAUUGGAUUCAUUUAGAUUUAUUAAUUUAUCCAUUCAUUUUGAAGAAAUACAAAAAAUGAGUUAAAAAAAUAAAGAAACAAGUUUGAAAAUAGUAUGAAUAUGAAUCUAACCCAUUUUGGGUUGAAAAAUGCGGAAAAUAUUGACUUUAAUCUUUUUUUUUCGAAGUUUUUUUAGUAGUUUACUCAUUGGAAAAAUGCAGAAAAAUGAAGUUACAAAAAAAGUGAAGCUCAAAAAAAUUAAAGAAAUAGUACGAAAAACAGUGGGAUUUUUUUACAAUUUAACGUCGUUUUUUUGGUCAAAAAAAUUGGUUUGAUUAUCCAUUUUUUUGCCUUUUUUUAUUAUUGAAAAAGGUCAGAAUAAGGCAUUUUACUGCAUAAUCUUUCAUACAGACCGUAAUUUUAUUUUUUUUCGAAGCUUUCAACAGUUUUUUUAUGGUUAAAUGAAGUUCUGAAAAAGAAAGUUUGAAAUUUGAAGAAAUAAGUUUUGAAAAAAAGGCUAUAUUAACAAUUUAACUACGUUUUUUUAGUCGAAAAAAUUGGGUUUUUUUCAUUUCUACUACCAAAAAUGUUUCUUACUGAACAAUUAGAAAUGAGUGAGAAAAAAAUUUUUUUCUUCUUUGUUUCGAAAAAUUCUACUUAAGUAAAGUCGGAAUGGUGGGUAGGGGCCGCUAAAAGGGGGAGGCUCAAAAAAAGCCGCAGAAAGGCAGCAAAAAGGUUCCCUUUAUCAUGCCUUCUACUUUUUUUUGGGUUUUUAAAGGCUCAAUAAAAGGUAGAAAAAGGAAGAGGCAGCAAAAAUGGUGCACAAGGGCCGAUGAAAUGACGCAAAAAGGAAGCAAAAAAGGAAAAUGUCCAUUGGGCCUUUUUCCACCCUUUCCGACUUUGUCUAUCUAUAGGAAUUUUCAGAAAUUUAGGAAUUGAAAGGUCUUUAUGCCGUGUUCAACGUGAUUUCGCGGUAGUUAUUCCAUAUAAUUAUUCCUAGGUUCACUAUCUCGACAGACUUCUCCUGGCCUUGGAAGGCUUUUCCGGGCCGGUCGGAUCGGAUCAUCCGCAGCGAAAUAUUUUGCUUCUGUGGCUUUGGAUCGUCGUCAGGAAUCCGUUCGACUUGAGGAGGUGAUUGGAAAAAAAAACAUAGACUAUGUUUUCACUGCUUUCGGUGCUUUGAUACAGAAAAAAAUGAUUUAAAAACUAUGGUUUCUUAUAAAAAAUAAAAAAUUAAGACGUGGCCAGCAUUUUUGGCAUUUUUUAUCACAACUGAGGUCUCGUUUUAGCCUACUUGGGUCUUUGAUUUUCAAAAUGCUGUUUUUCCGUUUCAAAAAAGUCAGGUUCUAAAUUGGCGCCAAAACGCAUCGCAACCGCUUCGCACAUUAACCACAACUGACGAAAAUUGUUGAAAAGACGGUUUUUGUAGAUGCCAUUUGACUAUCUUAGGAGCUUCAGAGUGGUCACUUUAGGGCAACUUUUGAGGGUCCUUGAAGGUGGAAGGUUCUCCCUCCCCCCCUCCACUCCAAAGGACCACGAAGCUUGAAAAAGUGGUCCCUGUAGGAGUUUCUGUUGGUUGAACCUAUAAGGAACUUUUUUUAGUCAUUUAUUGUUAUAAAUUUAUGAAAAAAAUUAAAUGAAUUGGCUUUUAUUUUUAAUCGAAAAAUAUGAAAAAGAGGUUCUAUUGAAAAAUUUUUCUCUUUUUAAAUUCAGUGUGUUUAAUCAAUAUGAAGGGUGAGAAGAUACAUAUGAGGAGGACAUUACUAUGAAAAAGGUUUUAGGAUUUCUGAAAUUUCUUAGAGGAGAAAGGGUUUAAAGAUGAGGGGGGGGAAUGUAGUCAUCCAUAUCCGAUAUCGAUUGUUGUCGGCAGAGGUCAAAAGUUACGAAGAGGUAGAUUAAAUUUAUGUUCUUGUGGAAGUCUAUAUUGAAAAUAUAAAGGUAGAAAAUUAAGGAAUUUUUAUUCAGAUCCAAAUUUUUGGAUCUGAAUAAAAAUUUGAAAGAUUCCUAUAGGGUACACUUGAGCUUUAGCGGCUAAGAGGUGAGACUCUAGAGCGAUUACAUUAAAUUUACCCCUAGAGGGACCACUUUUUCGGCCCCUUUAGUGACUGUUUUAUCCCCUAAACCCUAUAGAGGCCCCUCUGGCGUUCCUCAGCUUGUCUGGUAAACAUUUGAAAGAUCCCUAUAGGGUCUACUCGAGCUUUAGGGGCUGAGGUGAGGCUCUAAACCCCCAUAGGGACCACGUUGAAUUCACCCUAUAGUGAUCCUUUUUUCGGCCCCUAUAGGGGUUGUUAUAUCCCCUAAACCCUAUAGGGACACCUCUGGCGUUCCUCAGCUUGUUCUGGUAAAAAUUUGAAAGAACCCUAUAGGGUCCACUCGAGCUUUAGGGGCUGAGGUGAGACUCUAGAGCGACCACAUUGAUUUUACCCCUAGCGGGAUCAUUUUUUUUUCGGCCCCUUUAGUGACUGUUUCAUCCCCUAAACCCUAUAGGGACAUCUCUGGCGUUCCUCAGCUAGUUCUGGAAAAAAUUUGAAGGAUCGCUAUAGGGUCCACUCGAGCUUUAGCGGCUAAGAGGUGAGACUCUAGAGCGACCACAUUAAAUUUACCCCUAGAGGGACCACUUUUUCGGCCCCUAUAAUGGCUGUUUGUUCUCCAAAUCCCUAUAGAGGCCUCUCUGGCGUUCCUCAGCUUGUUCUGGAAAAAAUUUGAAGGAUCGCUAUAGGGUCCACUCGAGCUUUAGCGGCUAAGAGGUGAGACUCUAGAGCGACCACAUUAAAUUUACCCCUAGAGGGACCACUUUUUCGGCCCCUAUAAUGGCUGUUUGUUCUCCAAAUCCCUAUAGAGGCCUCUCUGGCGUUCCUCAGCUUGUUCUGGAAAAAAUUUGAAGGAUCCCUAUAGGGUCCACUCGAGCUUUAGCGGCUAAGAGGUGAGACUCUAGAGCGACCACAUUAAAUUUACCCCUAGAGGGACCACUUUUUCGGCCCCUAUAAUGGCUGUUUGUUCUCCAAAUCCCUAUAGAGGCCUCUCUGGCGUUCCUCAGCUUGUUCUGGAAAAAAUUUGAAGGAUCCCUAUAGGGUCCACUCGAGCUUUAGCGGCUAAGAGGUGAGACUCUAGAGCGACCACAUUAAAUUUACCCCUAGAGGGACCACUUUUUCGGCCCCUAUAAUGGCUGUUUGUUCUCCAAAUCCCUAUAGAGGCCUCUCUGGCGUUCCUCAGCUUGUUCUGGAAAAAAUUUGAAGGAUCCCUAUAGGGUCCAAUCGAGCUUUAGCGGCUAAGAGGUGAGACUCUAGAGCGAUUACAUUAAAUUUACCCCUAGAGGGACCACUUCUUCGGCCUCUAUAGGGGUUUUUCCACCAAACCCCUAUAGAGGCCCUUCUGGCGUUCCUUAGCAGAUUUUCUACGGUCAUUCUUGAGGUUUGACGCUACUGGCGACGCUGGAAGGACGCUAAAUCGAAUUCUGAACGUUUCGUUCCCCUACUUGGACUGGGAAUGGAACAGUAGUCAGGUUAAUGAUCCCUCAAUAAUUAUUCAAUUAAUAUUUGCAGUAUUCGGCGUCCCUGGUGAUCGCCCAAUGCUUGUCCAGAAGCGACGGGGUUCCCUUGAUUCCUGAUAUUUUGGAUCGGCAGCUUAGGAGAAUUUCCGAAGGCCCCAGGCAAACUCUGUCUUCACUUCUGCUCCUUUUGGCCAUCUUGAAACAUGUCAGUUGAUAAGUUUUCAAUGGAAAUGGAGUACUAGUGGAAGGAAAAAGCUUUAUAUUAUGAAAUAAUUUUUGGCAAUUUCAAAAAUCAAUUUCUUAAAAUGAUUCAGCGAAAUGCGCAAAAUUGAAUUUAUAGCCCUUUUUAGAAAAAUUGAGCUCUACAACGAUAUAACUACAGUGCCUUUUGAGCGCGUAUUUGAAAUUUCCGUUAAAAAUUUCCAAAUAAGUUCAAAUUUGAAGUUUCGCGGGUAAAAUCGCUAUCUCGUUGUAGGACCCCAAUUUUUUUCAGGGAUCAUGAAACUUAAAAUCUAGCUUUUUCCGUUAAAAUCUUCUAUGAAAUUGGCUUUUCUCCUUGCUUUUUGGGCUUUGGUACCGAAAAACUGUUGUAAAUUAGUUAUAUUUGCUAGGAAAAAAAAAUAAACGACUUGAAUUUAAAUAUAUUAAAAACGAUUUAGGUGUUUAGGAAAGUUUUGCGAAGAAUUCAAAUUUGAAUUAAAGCACUUUUUUUAAUUAUUCAUUAAUUUUAGAGAUAUCAAAUGUUUGAAUUCGAGUUGUUUUUUUUAAUUAAUAGUGGCUUUAUAAAGGCAUGGUAAUGUUAUUAUUGAAUUAAGGGACCAUUUGAAGGUUUUUUUGAAACAGUGAAGUUAGUUUGUAAAAAAAGAAAGAAAGUAAGCUCGAAGAAGGGCGAAAAUCCGCGAUAAAUAGAUAAACAUGUUCCGCUUUCAAAUAAUUUUUUUAAAGGGUAAUUUUUCAAAAAAAUACGUUUUUGACUUUAUGAGAGAAAUGGUCAUGUUCUGUACAGUCUGUGUGCCACGACUUGAAAUUUCACGGAACGACAUUCCGCUGUUCCGCUGCGUGCGUUCGCGAAGCGUCUUUCGAAUCUAGGUCACGCUUUCAAGUGAUUGUUAUUGCUGUGGGAGCACAUUAAAGAAUAGUACCUUAAUUAAAGAAAAAAAGAAUUAAAAGCGCGACCGAGGUUCGCAAAGGCGCGCAGCGGCACAGCGGAAUGUCGUUUGGCGAAAUUCCAAGUCGUAGUACACAAGCUAUAGAUGAGGUAGGCGAAAAAUCCAUGUUAUUUUUCAAUCCGAUUUUCGCUAAUUAUGAUAAAUAUGAUAAUUUUUUUCUCCUUUUGAAUUUUCCUAUAUAAAAAUAAGAAGUUGAUUUAUGAUUAAAAACACAAAGAAAAGGGAAAAAAAUUUUUUUCUAACCAAAAAAAUAUAAGAAAAAAGUAAGGAAAUAGUCGGAAAAAGUCGCCAUUCGAAUUUUUCCCUUUUUUUCUCAAACCACCAGAAAAAAAGCAAAUUUUUUUUUGUUUUUAAUAAUAACCUUUCAUUGGCAUUGUAACAUUUUUGUUGAAUUCAUAAAGAAUUUGAAGGUUUUUUUAGAAUCAGUAAACAUAGUUUAUUGAAGGAAGAGAGAAAGUAAGCUUGAAAAUUUGGUGGUAUGAAAAAAAGACCAGCGAAAAUUCAAACGGCGACUUUUCCGAUUUUUUCGUAUCGCUGCGGAACUUUCCGACUUUUUUCCCUUAUAUUUUUCGGUUUAUAAAACAUCAUUUAACAUUUUUUUUCCUAUUUCUUUGUGUUUUUAAUCAUGAAUUAUUAACUGUUGUAUAUAGGAAGAUUUAAAACGAAGAUUUUAUCGAGAAAAAAGUCGGAAAAAGAUUCGUUGGAAAAGUGGCCGUCGGAAAAUUCCCUAGCAAAAAAAAUCGGAAAAGUCGCCGUUUGUAUUUUCGCUGGUCUUUUUUUUCAUACCACCAAAAAUUUGCUGGUUUUUUUUUCGUAUCACUCAUUUUCUCGCAAGGAGCGCAGUAUACACAGACGAAUCGAGAGGGUACCAUAAUGUGUCCACAAAGAUACCUUUCAAAAUGGGUCGAGAAAAAUAUGUCCAUCCUGAGACCUCCAGCAUACCUUUUAGCUAUAUCUGAGCCAUCUCGGAGGUCCUUGAGACCCUCAGUCUAUCUCAUUUUGCUCAAAAACCUCAGAGAUAUAUUCGAGGUACCAACGGGAGACUUCAGACCCUGCGAUAUACCUCAGAGGGUCUCGCGAGACCCUUCCUCAAUUCGCCAAUGUACCCGAAAAUAUACAGGUGGACCGGCUCCACCUCGUCAACCACGUUGACAAGAUUGUCGACACCGUCGCUCCGUUAUUUCCUCUCGAACCUUCCAAAGGCGUCUUGACGUGCAAAAGCCUCGUGAAAGUCGCCCAACGCGUCGCUUUGGUCCUUCUCAGGCCCAAACUCGCCGCUUGGAGAUAUAAGUCAGUUUUUUCGUUGUUUAAAAAUAAAAAAUGUAUCUGAAAACAAAAAAUGGAGCCCUUAAUAGUGACGUCAUAGCGACCCCCAAAAAAUUAUGAAAUUAAAAAAAUUAAAAAAAUCCACUAUGGAGCUCAAAAAGAACUUUUUUUACACCCUUUGUAAAGAAAAAGGCCCAAAAAGAAGGAUAUUUCUAAUUUUGCACGACGAGAUUUAAGUGAUUUUUAAAUUCGAACGAUUUUCGCGAAUUUUUUUUCAGAAAGAUAAAUAUAUCAAAAAAAUCAGAUUUUGAGGUUUUUUUACCAAGGGAGUUAACUUGGCAAAUUUAACAAGAGAUGAUAAUUUUACUAAAUUUGGUUGCUUUUUUUGACCUUUAGAAAAAUUGUCAGAGUCUCGCCGCAAGGUGGUUUUUGGCUCUUGUUUACGAAUAAACCAAACUUUUGUGAAGGAAAUAAAAUGCAAAAAUGCGUUAUUAUAAAAAAAGAAUCAAAAAGACAAAAAAAUUGGACCACGAAUUUUGAUAAUUUUGAAGUCUGAAAAAGUAUCUUUGAAAAAUCUGAAAUCAUCAUAAAUCAGUUAUUUGAGGCCUUUCGAAAUAAAUGAGUUCACUUUUUUUAUUCCUCAAAUUUUUUUUAUCUAGUUUAGUUGCUUUUUUUAUAGUUUCUAGUUCAAAGUUUCUCUUUCUUGGUUGAAAAAAAUUGCAAGAAAAAUAGUCAAAUUCCAACAUUUUAUCUUGCAGAAGAGGAAAGCGAAGGCUGGAUGAGAACUUGAAUAGUGUGGAUGGGAAAAAUUUUUGAAAAAAAUGGGACGAAUGGAAACUCGCCUCCGGAUCGUGUCAAUGGUUCGUUUGUUUUGUGAAAAAUAUGAUUAUUUUACUGGAUUUUUUUAUAGAAUAUUCUCCUUAAAAAUGCUUUUUUUGAAAAUUCCUAUCUUCCAGUGUUAAAAUAAGCCGAAGGUUUAGAUUUGAUGAGUUUUUAUCUAGAGCUGAUUCUGACUUUUGAGUUAUCCAAUGAAGGGUCCUGACACGAUAAAUAAAGAAAGUGUCCCUGAUUUGUGGAGAGCGCAGACUGGCCACGCCCCCUUAGAAUCGGAUUUUUAAAAUUUUUUGAAGCUUGCCAUGAGAUUUUCCAUAACAACAUCGGCAAAGUCGGAAAGAGUGGAAAAAGCUCCAUAGAAAUUUUCCUGUUUUCCUGCCUUUUUGGGCCAUUUUCUCGGCUCUUAUGCACCGUUUUUACUGCCUCUUCCUUUUUCCACCAUUUCUUGAGCCUUUGAAAUCUCAGAAAAAAGGAAGGCUUGAUAAAGGGACUCUUUUUGGCUCCCUUUCUGAGGCCUUUCUGCUGCCUUUUUUGAGCUUCUCUCUUUUAACGGCCAUUCCGACUUUGCCCGAGACUAUUUCAGAAGAUUCUAAAAUUAAUUUCUUCUAAAAAGUGCUCGAAUUUUCCAGGUUCGGCCAGAGUUGAGGAAGUCGACGCCGACGACUUUUGUCUGGUCGAUCGUGACGACGAAAACGAUGAAGAUCCUCAUGAACUGGUAAGGAAAUGAAGUAACUUUGAGCGAAAAAAAUUCCUAGAAUUUUUGAAUUUUUUCUGUUCCUAAGCACGAAAAUGAUAUUUUUUGAAGUUGUUAGGUGUUCAAAGUAAUUUCCGCGAAAUUCACAUUUAUCUCUGACUCUCCAAAAUCUAGUGAUCUUGUUCUUUCUCUGACGCCUUGAGUUUGGCGGACUCAAGGACCUCUUGACAGGUUUUUGAGAGAAUUAAAAAGAAAAAAAGUCAUAUGAAGCUUAAUGAACGAAUUGCAGCAUUUUUUUAAAAAAAUUUAGGACCAAUUUUUUUAUCAAUAAAAGUUGUGUUUCUCAGUCUAGUUAAAUAUUUUUUUAAAGGUUUUCUUACGAUAUUUUUCGUAUUUUUUUGGUAAGUUUAAAAAGUUUAAAAAAAUAAUAUUUUUCUAACUAUCCCAUGAAGACAUUCUCCACAUAAAAAAAAACGGUUCAGAGGUUUUUAAAGUUCAAUUGCUUUUUUUGUGACAAUCUAGUGGCCUUUUUUAUAAGUUUAUAAGCUUUUUUGCGAAAAUUUUCAAAUACUAUGUUAUUCUCAGCAUCACCUUGAUUAUAUUCGAUUUUUUUCCAGGUUGAAUGGUCCCUAUCCCAAGUUUUGGCGGCUUUGAGCGAUCCGGACACGGCGGUUCGAUGGUCGGCGGCGAAAGGAGUUGGGCGGAUAUCGGCCCGACUUCCCAAGGACUUCGCCAUGCAGGGUUCGCUUUCAAAUUAGAGAAAAAGCAGAAAAACUGAAGAGUUAUCGAAAAAUGUGUCCGUCCAAGGAAAAAAAAAGUCCGCUCAGAGAUUUCAUGAUUCCCGGAACGAUUAGCGAAUCAGGGACACGUUGGUUGUAGUAUUAUUAUCUGAAAAAUUCAAUCGAUGUCGUUUUUUUCAACUUGGAAAUAUCAAACUUUCAUAGAAAUUUAGAAAAAAACUUGUUUUUUUCCGUGUGAAACUUUCAGUUGAUUUGCACCAAAAAUAUUGUUAAUAUUUCUUAAUUUUUGAAUUAAAAAUCGAAAGUUAAUGAGGGUGGAUCAACUUUGGUCAAACGUCAGUUUUGUGGAGCUCCGUUUAGUUUUAUUUUAUUCGAAAGUUUCUUAUUUUGAAUUCAGGGACAUUUUUUCGGUAAAAUUUCUCCUGAGGAUCAGGACCAAACUCUAAGAAUAUGAAGGAAAAUAAAAAAAGUCCAUUUGAAGGUGUUAAGAAUGGUUUUUCUGUCUAAUUUUUGACUUUUUCGAAAUUUUCUCACUACAACAAGUUAGGUAUAAAGUGCUGAAUUCGAAAAAAAAGCUGAGAAAAAUUCCAAAAGCAAAGACAUUGAUACAUUAAAAAUCGUUUGGUUUUUAACUGAAAAAAACAAAAAUUAUUUUUCCACUCGAAACUGCCCAUAUGCUGUGAAAAUUAUAUUUUUUAGUUCAGAAAAGUUCUGAAUUUUGUGAGAUCCAUCUUUUUUUUGAUGAAAAUGUUGAUUUUCUCUGCUUUUUGAGGGGUUCCAGCUGACAUUUUUUCUCUUCUCCUGCGAAUCUCAAGUGUAAAAAUUGCUUUUCAGUGGUGGAAUCGAUCCUGAACUCGAAUUUCGACGUCCAUUCCGGCUACGCCUCUUGGCACGGCGGCUGUAUGGCGCUGGCCGAACUGGCCAGACGAGGAUUUCUGCUUCCCGAACUCCUUCCGACGGCUUUUCCCAUCGUCCAGAAGGCCCUGUUCUAUGAGGAACCCAUGGGCAAACAUCAGAAUGGCAAUCAAGUAACAUAUUAAAUGUCGCGUUUGAAGUAAUUUCUGAACGAAAAAUUGCAAUUUUUGGUUCGAAGUGACGUCAAACUUGUUCCCGACAGUGAGCAAGAAAGAUGUGGAAAAAACGGGAUUUUGAAAUUUUCGCAUCAUCUGACAGCAUUUUUUGUUCAAACGAUACUUUGGGAAAGUCCAGGCCGUGCUAUAAAGUAUGGACGUUCACAAAAUGCGACCGGUACGACCACCUAUAAAAUGCGACCACUUUUUUUGUGCCCCACUGCAAAUUAAUAAAAUACGGGCGUUUCUUAAUCUUAUCAUUUUCUGGCAUUUUUUUCAAGUUUUUUUUAUUUUUUUCCUAUCUUUUCUAAUGAAGAAAAACUGUUCAAAAAACGAAAUUAAUAAACUGAUUAUGAUAAAUUUUUCUUUAAUCGCUCAAAAAACUUCUCAUUAGGAGCUUUUAAAAACGAUUUUAUACAUGUCAUGAAUCUGUAAUAAACCGGAAAUAAGGUGAAUAAUUGACUACGUGACAAAAUAAAUCUUGAAAAAUAUCAAAAAUACAAAAAAUGACAUCACUUUACGGAUCAGGAAGCUAUCGAAAAAUAUUAGAAUUUCGUUGAAUUUUAAAAAAAUAAUGAAAAAUUUAAAAAAAUGCCCGUUUUUUUAUUAAUUUGCAAUGGAGCACAAACAAAGCGGUCGCAUUUUCUAAACGCCCGUACUUUAUAGCAUGCCAAAAUCCAGAAAACAAAAUUAGAGUUUUAAUUGACAGUAUAAUUUUGCUUUAUCUAUAAAUUAAUAGAAUUAAUUUUUAAUAGGGACUACCACCAAACAGUUUUAAAAUGACCCUUUUACCUAAAAAUAUGGAAUGAAACGUUAACUAAUUCUUUCUCAGGUUCGAGACGCGGCUUGCUACGUUUUGUGGGCGUUCGCCAGGGCUUAUGAACCCGAGGAAAUGGCGGAAUAUGUCAAGAAAUCGGCGACUGGCCUGGUUCGUCUUCAUUUUGGGGGAAAAAAGUUCAUAGUACAUCAUGAAAAUUGGGUUUAAUGUACUGAAAAUUCUUUCACUGUGAAAAAGUUUAGUGGCCACUAUAGAAACUCGCCAAGGAGUACUUGGAGAGGACACUGAAGUGGCCACUAAACCCACCUCUAUAGUGGCCACUUCAGUAGUUUUUCAUCCAGUAUUCCUUCCAGUAACUCAGAUAUUUUUGAAACAAACAGAUCGGACCAGUUAUGUUGAUCCAUUGACCCCUAAAGUGGCCACUAAAACUUUUAGUGGUCUAGUAGUCGCACUUAGACCUCUAUUGUAGCCACUUAAUUUUAACUCCUUGAGUGGCCACUAACUUGACUACUUUAGUGGCCACUUGAAAAUUUUCCCAGUAAGUCUCCAAAAUUAACUUAAAUCAUGCUCUGUGUAUGCUAACGUUUGAGAAAAAUGUGGUCCACAUUUUUUUCUAUCUUUUUAAAAAUUUACUUUUUUUGGGCCAAUUCAGUUAUAGAAAUAUAAUUCGCUUUGAACUUUUUAAGAAAAAUAAUUACUUUAAGGUUUUUUUAAUGCAAAUGUGACUAAUUUUCUUCAAUUUUUGGGUUAAAAAAAAUUUUAGAUACCAUGAUUCAGCAGAGAUUUUCUACAACUUACUCUGAAUAUUGAAUUAAUUGAAAAAAAAAAGUUUUAGAGUUUUAAACCCGUUAUUUUCUUAUUUCCCGUCAAAAUUCAGUUGCUUAUCGUUUCAUUUUAUAGUCAAUGUUUCCCGACUUGAAAGGCGAAGGAGGCGGGGCAAGGGGCGGGACGCGUAGCGUGUGCGUUCGCGGUUCUUGGCGCGAGUUCAAUUCAAUUGUCGCCGACUAUUUAAAAAAAGCUCGGCAACCGCUCUUUUCUCAAUGUUUUCUACUAAUUUUGAUGCAAAUAUUAACAUAAUCAAUAAAUAAUUGAAAAAAAGGAAUGAAAAAGAGCGAAAAAGCGCGCUUUUUAAAUGGUCGGCGACAAAUGAAUUGAACUCGUGCCACGAACCGCGUACGCACACGCUACGCGUCCCGCCCUUUGCCCCGCCUCCCUCGCCUUUCAAGUCGGGAAAAAUUGACUAUAUCUUGCAAGAAAGGAAUUUCAAUGAAAAAAAAAACGUGUAACUAGUAAAAUUUCAAUUUAAUAAUCUUCCCUUGCAAGGCCUCCAUAAAAAUAAAAAAAUAGCCGGUAAAAUAAAGUAACUUUAGAGUUUAAAAAAACCUAAAUUUCAAAUUUUUUUGAUUGAAAAAUCAGUUCCCUGUCAUUCUAUUUAAUUUUUUUAAAGAUUUGCGCCGCCCUGUUCGAUCGUGAAGUCAACUUGAGAAGAGCAGCUUCUGCCGCUUUCCAGGAAAAUGUCGGGCGGCAGAGGCAUUUUCCGGAUGGGAUUGCCUUGUUGACUAUUGGUGAAUAAUUGUUUUUUUAUCGCAGAAAAAAAUCUUGAUAAUAAUAUUUUUUAUUCAUAACAAAUCAGGAAUGAAGGUUCGAUUAAUAAAGUUUGAUAUUAAUGAGAAAUUGUAAUAAUUCAUUUUGAAAAUUUGAGAGAAGGGAAAUUUAAAAAAAGACAAAAUAAUGGCUCUUAUAGGGGUAAUGAUUAGGGACCCUUAUCUUGGUGUUAGAAUCGGACGCUUAAGCCCCUAAAGCUUGAGAGGCCCCUUAAGGGGUCUUUGAACUUUUUUUAUGAUUUGAAAGCUGAAAAAGACGAACUUGAUCAAUUCUAUAAUUAUACAUUUUUUUAAAUUUAAUUAACGGUUUUUUUAAGAACUAAACCGCUCUAGCGACCACUAGAACGCCCCCUGUAGGGAUCACUAAAACUUGCAGAAAAGUCUCUUAUAGGGGAAGGUGAGAAGGUUUUUAUAGUGGAACCUUCAAGGGCCCUAAAGUUGCUUCUUUUAGGACCACUCUGGAGCUCUUAAGUAACUUUUUCAGCCGAUUAUUUCGCCGUCGGGAACCGUCAGAGGUGCUACACGGAUGUCUGUGUGAAAGUCGCCCAAUUUCCGGCUUAUUCCUUGCCCAUCGUUGAACACAUCGUUUCUAUGAAGGUAAGAAAAAAGUUCAAAACGAGAUUCAGUGCAAAGUUUUAGUGAAUUUAGCGCGAACUUGUAAUUUCUUUGUAAAAAAAAUUGAGAAAAAAAAAAUGCAGUAUACAGAGAUUUUUUUCGCUUCAAUAACCGCCCAUUUUUGUGUCUUCGCUUUAAGACCCGUGAAUUGAAAUGGAUACGGUAUUUUCCAGAAAAAACGUGAAAAGUUGGCGCGGAGUAGAGUCUUACAAGUUUUCAAAACUUACUGGAACUUAGGAAUUUUUUUUUUGCGUUCAAUUCAAAUUUUCAUGCAUAUUUUUCUCAAAGAUUCUCUUCAGCUUCACCGGAAAAUUUUUAGUGACAGGUUUUACUAUCACAAAAAGAGUUCACAACAGUUUUUUUCUUCAAGAUUUGACUUUUUUAAUUUUUCCAAAACGAAUCAUGGUAUAUAUUGUAGUUUGAAGAUUUUAAAACCAGUAAGCUCGAAAAAUAUUGAACAAUAUUUUAUUUUUUUUGGAGAUUGGAGGUUUUCAAGUACGAAGUUCUGUUAAGUUUGAUCCGAAUUUUAGCCAAAAAACUUUUUUUUUCGAGGAAAACCUUAUUUUCUUCUGCCUAGAAUGGAAUCUGGAUGCUCAAAAGUACGUCUCCGAAAAAGUCCUGAAAAAUUCUGAAUAUUUUUUUAUUUACGUUUUUUUCGCCUUCGAAAAAAAGUUUAAUAAAGAAGACAAAUGAAUUUAGGUGAUCCAUUGGGACGAAAGAGUUCGGGAGCAGGCGGCUCUGGCGUUGGAAAAACUCGGAGACUCGAUUUCUCGCCUUGGCGCCGACGUUUAUGAAAAGAUCGUAGAACGGCUUUGUGAUGGAUGUUUCUCGACAAACCCGGUACGAAUCCUAAGAAAUUCUGGAUUUUUUGAAAUUAGAGAGCGUUGAAAAAUAAGAGAGUAGUCGUUCUUUUCUUCUCUAACCGCUCUCUCGUUUAUCAGUGCUCUCUAGCUCUCGCAAUUGCGACGAGCCCGGGGAAAAUUCCAGGAAUGUACGACUGGAUCUUCGGAAGUUAGAGAGCGUUUAAAAAUGAGAGAUCGUUCCUUUUUCUCUACUCUAUCUCGUUUACCAGUGCUCUCUAGCUCUCGAAACUUCGACGAGCCCGGUGAAAAUUCCAGGAAAUUCUAUGCCUGGAUCUUUGAGAGCUAGAGAGCGUUCAAAAACGAGAGAGCAGGCGUCCCUUUUUCUCUAAACGCUCUCUCGUUUAUCAGUGCUCUCUAGCUCUCGAAGCUUUGACGAGCCCGGUGAAAAUGCCAGGAAUCUCUACAUCUGGAUUUUCGAGAGCUAGAGAGCGUUCAAAAAUAAGAGAGUAGUCGUUUCUUUUUCUCUACUCUCUCUCGUUCACCAGUGCUCUCUAGCUUUUGAAGCUUCGACGAGUCCGGUGAAAAUCCCAGAAAUCUACAACUAUAUCUUCGAAAGUUAGAGAGCGUUGAAAAAUGAGAGAGCAGUCGUUCUUUUCUUCUCUAACCGCUCUCUCGUUCACCAGUGCUCUCUAGCUUUGAGGAGACAGACGCAGGCUCAGUUCUAGAGAUAUUCUUCAAGUUUAAUGGAGCAAAAAGGAAAUUUUUCGAAGAGAGAGAUUUAUGAAUAUUAAUGUUCCUACUGCUGAAAAAAUUGUACACCUUUUAAGAAAAUUUCGCCUUUUUGCAAUCCUUAAGGGGUUUAGAAGCGAAAACGCAAUGAAAAGUUGGGUUUACGGUAGCUUUUUUUGUAUGUUUUUUACCGUUAAGGAAUAAAUUUCACAAUAUUUUUUUGACGGUCUUCAGAAUUUUUUUCGCUCUUGAAGUUCAUUUCAAAGAACUUUAAAAAGCACGCGAAUGAAGUGAAUUUGACGGAAAAAUAAAAAAAUAUAUGAAAUUCUCGAAAAAUUUAUGUAUUCAUCUUUUUUUUUACCUUGAAAGAAAUGAAGAAAUUCGGAACGAACCUAUAUUUUCUCGAAUGUUUUUAAAACAAAAAAAUGAAACAGAAAAAUCGCGUUUUCCCCUUAAUUUUUGGUUUUGCAUUUUCCACUAAAAAUAACGCCGUGCUGAUCAGCAAAUGAUUUUACACCUUUUGACUAUUCUCGUAUAAAAGUACCAACACGGGCAAAGUCCAAAAAGUCUCAAAAAGGACUUUUGGAAAAAAGCGCCAUUUUUCUAGACCUUUUUUCUGAAAAGGACCUUUUAAGGAAGACUAGAAAAACAAGGCAGAAAAAAGAAGAUUCCGAGAAACUUUUGACACCUUUUUAGGAACUUAAAAAAUGAGCUUUAGCCUCUUCUUUUUAAGGCCUCUUUAAGAUCGUUUGGACUUUCGCUGUGAAACUGUUUUCUACCACGGUAGAAACUGUAAUUUGAUCGAAGCGUUUUCUCAACUUUCGAUAGUCUGUUCAGAUUUUUAAUGUCAAGUAGAAUGACGUCGAUCAAAAACAUUCUGUGAAUGGCUCGCUCUCUGAUUGGUUUAUCGCACCAUUAGGGGCGGGGCUUGAGCGACGACUUGACAUUGAAAAUCUGAACAGACUAUAGAAAUUCAGCAAUGAAUACAUGGAAAUUUUCCUUGAGAAGUUAUUCAUAACAAUAGAACGUUUUUUUUCUCCUUCAGGUGCAUCGCCAUGGUUACGUGCUCGCAAUAGCUCAUACUAUCAAAGGAUUGUCGAUUUGUGGCAUCUCGGUAAAUAAAAAGGUGAUUUACAACACUUUUAUGUAUCUCACAUUAUUUAUAAUUUGUUUUUCAAUAUUUUCUCUCAUUUGAGCAGUUUUUUGUGAAGGACAUGUUAUAAAUAUAAAGUGCGACCGCUUUUUUUGUGCUCCACUGCAAAUUAAUAAAAUACGGGCGUUUUUGAAUUUUUGACGAAAUUCAAAUUUUUCCCAUAGCUUCCUGACCAGUAUAGUGAGGUCAUUUUUUUGUGUUUUUUUGAUAUUUUUUUCAAGAUUUAUUUUGUCACGUAGUCAAUUAUUCACCUUAUUUCCGGUUUAUUACAGAUUCAUGACAUGUAUAAAAUCGUUUUAAAAGCUCCUAAUGAGAAGUUGUUUGAGAAAUUAAAGAAAAAAAUAUCAUAAUGAAUUCAUUAAUUUCGUUUUUUAACAGUUUUCUUCGAAAGGAAAGGCAGGAAAAAACAACAAAAUUGAAAAAAGUGCCAGAAAAGAGAGAAGAUUAAGAAACGCCCGUGUUUUAUUAAUUUGCGGUGGGGCACCAAGAAAAGUGGUCGCAUUUUAAAGGCGUUCGCACCGGUCGCAUUCUACACAAUCACGCGGAACAGCCUAUAUGAUUGAAAGCUUUAAAACAUGGAGUAUUAAAGGCAUAGGGGCAGUAAAAAACGGUGUUUCAGUUCAAAGCUGUACUUUGUAUAGUUUUUCAUUGCGAAUCGAACGGUGAACUUGGAAAAGUUCAGAAGUUCCUAGUUUUGGAGAAAAAAUAAUUCAAGUUCGGAGAAAGGAAAGCUUGUGUUCCCGCGAAAAGAUGGUACGAUUUAAACUCAAGUCCGCAAUUCUCCGGAGCCGUUAUCUCAGAGUACCGUAAUCUCAAGGUCCAUAAUCUCCGAAACCACUUAUCUCCGAAAACAAAAAACUUCAAUUUUCUUUCUCUUUUUUGCAUAAUGUUUCCAUUUUUUUCUUGUGUUGUGCUCAGAAUACAAUCUCCGAACAAAAUGUUCCGCCGAACCCUAAUUUCUUCAUCAAAUCUCUACUUUUAUUGAGAAGCUGAACAAUUUUAAGUGAAGCCGCUUCGAAGCUCGAGUUUUACUCUUUUUUCUUUGCUGUCUACAUGAAAAAGUGAUCAGAGAAGCUGAAGGACAAGAAAGAAAAGAAAGAAAUAUCAGUUCGAAAAAAAUUGAAACUUAUUUUCACUCAGUGGAAAAAAAUAAAAAAAGUUUUAAAAAAACGAAAGUAUUUGGAUUUUUGUACGCAGUUUCGAUCGGAGAUUGUAUUCUGAGCACAACACAAGAAAAAAAUAAAAAAAUAAAAUGCAAAAAAAGAGAAAGAAAAAUUGAAGUUUUUUUGAUUUCGGAGAUAAGUGGUUUCGGAGAUUAUGGGUCUUGAGAUUACGGUACUCUGAGAUAACGGCUCCGGAGAUUUGCGGACUUGAGAUAAAAUCGUACCAUCCGCGAAAAGGGCGCUUUGUAGUAAAGUUGCUCUAUGGGCAACAGGCUUCGCCAUCUUGCGGAUAUUCGCUUUUUUUCUUCGUUUCUUUCAAUUUUCAAUUUUUUCUGUUGUCACCAAAGUUCUUUCCGUCACAAAAGCUUUCUAUUCAUGUAUAAUUUGCAAACUUUAAUCGCGAAAAUGCUUUUCUGGUGAAAAAUGAUGAUUUUACACAGGUUUCGAUUGGGAUAGCGAUAUUUUGUGUUUUCUUUAUUAUUUCACCUGAAACCCCGUUUUUUACUGCCCCUAUGCCUUUAAGGUCCUCUAUGAAGAUUAUGUUUCAGGUGAUUGAACGGAUCGCCUGGCUACCACGAGACUUGGCCGCUGAAAGUCAAAAACUGAAAUUUGCCGGAGGAUUACUAACAAGGAAGUCGCUUUGCCGUUUCAUGACGGCCUGUGCCGAGGCGGCGAUUCCCCUGACGGAAGAUCAGGUCGACGCGUGGCUCGAGAGGAUUCUCGCCUUGGCCAGGGAUGACUUGGAGGUUCUUGUAUUUUUCAGAAAUUAGAAAAAAAACGUGAAAAUUCAUGUACUGAAGAGAUUUUUCGAAAAGAAGUUACUAAAAGUAAUUUUUUUGGUCUUUUUUUCGCUUUCCAAGCUUCUGUCAGAAUUACCUACAGUAAUACCGACAGUAAUCCUACAGUAAUUCUACUGUAAUAAUUACAGUAAUCUUGUUAGAACCUACAGUAAUCCUGUGCUUUCUUCGAAAUUCCACAAAUUAUUGAUUUUUUUGUUUCUCGACCUUUUUCUAUUUUAUUACGGAAGCUUUGAAGUCGGUUUUAUUAAAAUCAAGUUUUUUUGGGGAUUUUUCUGGAUUAGAGGGUUUAUUUUAGAAUUAAUUUUUUUAAUUUGAAAAAAAUGAUAUAAUUUUUCUCCGUUUAUUAAUUUUCAAAAGUUCAAUUUUCUCGGGAAAAAAAUUCUAAAAGCUCUUUUUUUAAGAAGAUUUUUCAGAAGUUGAGCCUGAAAAUGACACUUCAUAAUUUUUUUCAGUUUUACGUUUUUUUAUUGGAGGUGUUUUUUUACUAACUAGGGAUUGUUUUUUUAAAAAAACAAGGAUAACAUUUCUCGCAAAGUUAAUGAGCUUCAAAAGCUUGAAAUAGCGCUUUUUUGUCAUAAUUUGAGUGUUUUGUGGACUUUGAAGCUUCAUAGUUUCAUCGAAAGUUCAACAGGGGGGUGAAAAAAACGUUUCCUAGUAAGUAGUCAGUUUUUGGAUUUUCGAGAGUUUGAGAAUGUGUAAGAGAUUAACAAGGUUUCAUUCACUGAUAAAACUGGAGCCACUUUUUCAAAUUUUUUUUGAGAAUCAAGAUCAUCUUUCCAGGCCCAUACAAUCCGUGAACUUGCCGCGACGGCUGCAAAUGUUGUCGUGAAACAAUAUUUGAACGAACCUUCUUCCAUCGAACGUCUCCGGAAGUUCCAAGAACAAAUUGGGCACUUUGUGAGUUUGGGAAAGUCUCAGAAUAGUGUUGGAGCAUUGAAAAAACAGGUAAACUUUGAAAAAUUCAACUUAUAAAGCAAUACUCAUCAUAUCUUCUAAAAAGGAAGAGCUUCUCAGUUUUCUUUGCUUGAAAAAAAAAAUAAUAUUUAUUGGUUUUUCACGCCCUUUUUAAGGCGGCCGGUCGGAUUACGGUAGUCAGGAUAGGUUUUUCGGUAAUAAAAUAAAAUCUUGUGUGCUUUUCGUGACGUAACUUAUCUUGUAAUCUCAAGAAAUAGGUCCUUAAAAAGUUGCGAAAAAGAAUAAACAUUAAAAAAAUUUCCUGGCUCCGAAACUGACGUCGCAAAAUUGACCGGCCACUGUCUUAAAAAUGCGUGUUUUCUUAUCUUCUCCUUCUUCUUACGCCUUCCAACCGCCCUAGAAUUUCUAAUACCCCGCGGCGCGGACCGAACUUGUGACCCCGCGAACCGUAGACAGGCAAACAACCUAUUGCGCUACGGCGCGCCGCUCCUUAGUUUAUUUGAUUUAAAUUAUAUUCAGAUGACGUCGACCUCAAGGGAAACGGAACGUAUCGGAAUGUGCAUGCUUUGUCCCACGGUCCCGUCAAAAGUCGUCAAGGAUGAACUAUUUCUUUCACUCUGUAAUUUGGUUGUUAGGUGAGUAGAAAUUAACGUAAAUACUGGAAAGUUCGAUCGUUUUUAAAAGUAGCCAUUUUUUGAAAAUUCUGAAGUUUUUUUUUCAGUUCAAAAUUGUCCGUAGAAUUCUUGAUUUUGGUUAAUUUAAAAAUCCAACACAGGAUUUUGUUGAAAAAAAAUGGAUUAAUGAAAUGAGACUCAUUAGAAAAAAAAAAUUAUUGCCUUAAUCAUCCUCGAGGUCGUAUUUUACAAAUGGAAAAUACGGCCUAACUUCCCAAAAAAAAAUUACCGUCCUAAAUUUCGUAGUUUGUUGUGCACGCAGGUGGCCAGUGAAGACGUUGUAGUAGAAAAUUUAUUAGUAACAAGAAACUAGACUAUACUAGACUCUUUACAAUAACAAGCAAGGGGUUAUAUAGUGUUGAGGGAAGAUAGUCCGAAGAAUAUGGAAUGUUCCAGAAUAAAGGUGGAGUUUAGAUAGUAUUGAGAUUAGAGCAAAAGAUGGAACAUUCCAGAGUUUUAGAGAACUGUCCCGACAGCAGUAGAACAUUCGAGAACAAUGUGGAACCUUCUAGAAAGGUAUAGAAUACUUGAGAAGGUUGUGGAACUUUCUAGAAGGAAAACCUUUACACAUGAUCCCUAUGACGUAAUGAGACUAGAAAUGUGUAGAAUACUAUAGAACAUUCUAGAAUCAGCUUAAUAUAAGCGUUAUGCCUCCAACAUAGUUCUUAAUAAUGGCGACCAAAAAAAAAGGUGUUUUUUGAAUUUCACUUAAGGUCACUCUUCUUUAUAUAAUUUGAAAUCGAAGUAUGAAUGCAUCAGUGUUUUAAACUUCAAAAGCAAUUUUUUGCGGGAAAGUUGAAAUUUCGGAAAAAAAAACAGAAGAUACAGCUUCCGGAUUUUCAAAAAACUGGUUGUAAUAUAAAUAAAUAUCUAUUUUUAAAGCUUUGAAGCCCUAACGGAGCCAAAAAAAACUUUGAGAAAUUUGAGAACUUGAAAAACUAACCAAUAAAAAACCGACCGACUUUUCCACCAUGCCUAAGGGGAUUGACGAAAAUCAAGAGAAAAAAAAUAGGAGGCUAUUCUGAAAAAAACGACCAAGUUUCCAAGUUUCAGGCCAACGCCUAACGACAAGAAAUGGGCGAUUGCUCGUCAAUUCGCCGUGGAAGCGAUUCAUCGGCUCUUUAUGGACGCGAUCGAUGCUGGAAAUCACGAAAAAUGGACCGAAAUAUGUUUCGAGACGCUUUUGCGCGCCUUGGACGACUACACGACGAGCGCUCGAGGCGAUAUUGGACGAUAUGUGCGUAAAAUAGGAAUUUAAGCUUGAUAAUAACUUAGGAAUUCCAGAGUGGCCCCUAUAGAGGCUCCCCAAGGACUACUUGGAUAGGACACUAAAGUGGCCACUAAAGUGGCCACUAAACCCAGCUCUAUAGUGGUCACUAUAGAGGUUCUCUAUUUAGUGGCCACUUCAGUGUUUUUUUUUUUGACCCCUAAGGUGGCCACUAAAAUUUUUUCUAGUAGUAGCACUAAGACCUCUAUAGUGGUCACUAAUUUUUAACCCUUUAAGAGGCCACUAAUUUGACUACUAUAGGGACCACUAAAACGUCAAAACCCUAUAGUGACCACUAAAGUUUUUCACAGUAGGGGCCGAAAAAGUGGUCUCUACAGGGGUUAAGGGACUGAUGCCUUAGUCCCUAAAGCUCAAGUGGUUCCUAUAGGGGUCUUUCAACUCAUUUAAUUUUUCGCUUUGAAAUGCUUCUUCGAGAGAUUAUAACAACUAUCGACUAGCAUGUUCCCUAUAGGGACCACUUUUGCAAGGUUUUGGGGCUCCUAUAGAGGGUGGUAAAGUGGUCCCUAGAACCCCCAAGAUUGCUACUAUAGGGACCACUCUGAAGUUCCUAGGAAUAUUAGGUUAUAGAAAGUAUAUAAUCCAUUUUUCACGUCUUCAAAUUUCUCUGCACCCUCCUCGUCUCUCGGUGACCCUCUCAUUUUGAAGUGCUCUUUUUAUUUUUCUCUGGCGAGGGAACAAAGAGACGCAGGCACGCGAAAACUUCAUGGACUAUAAUAUUCAUAAAAUCUUUUGAAUCAGUAGGAAAAGUUUUAUAAAAGCUCAAAGUAACCAGCGAAACGCAAAAUGAUCUCUGUCUCUCCCAAAUUUUGUUAUAUUUUCACUUUCUCGGGUCAACUUUCAUAUUGAAUAAUGAACACAUAUUAGUUUUUCUCUUUGCCUUGGAACGUAUCACUUCCUGGUUUGAUAAAUCAAGGAAUUUUGAGGGAAAUUACCUGGAAAAAAGAUCGUUUCUGGAAAAGGGUAUCGCGAAAAAUAAAUCUGGUUCCCGAGUUUUGACGCUUUGAGAACUUCAAUGUAUUCCUUCUUUUAAUAUAUGUAUUUUGUGAAGUUCAAAACGUCAUAUAGCUGAUUCUCGGCUGGCUUGAACCAUCAAGAAAAUGGUCCUGCCACGAAAAGAGAAGAGAGAGUGCCUGGUUUGGGAGAGCGCAGACAUGCCACGCCUCCUAGCUUCCCAAGUUAGCCGAGAAUCAGCUAUAGCUCGUUUUUUUGUUUGUUUAGAAUCUGAAGCUUCUGGGAGAAACUUAACACAAUCUCCCUGUAACAGGUGUUAAUUGACCUGUGUUGUCAGGUACGGCAGGCGAGCAUCGGAGCGAUGUCAGAUGUUUUGACCCACGAGAAAUUGGAUCUGGCCACCUUGGACAGAUAUACAAUGAUCUGCACGCGUAACAUUAUCCGCCAGAGUGCCGAGAAAAUCGGACGCACUCGAGAGGUACGGUAUCUUCUUUUUUGUCUGAUUGGUAACAUGAAAAGUUCCGUAACUCGAAAAUUCCUACAGUAACCCAAGAGGGUAUGUACUGUGAAAGUUUAUAAGAUUGGAUUACCUCCCGAUUGAUAUUCCUGCGUAGCUUAAAAGUAUAAAAAUCGAGAAAGUACCGUAACUCGAAAAUUCCUACAGUAACCCAAGAGGGUAUGUACUGUAAAAGUUCCUAAAAUUAGAUUACCUAUCGAUUGAUACAUCACUUGUCUAGUAAAAACUCUUCAAAACUUAGAUACGCAGGUGCACACCGGCCUACCGUAACCCGGCUACAGUAGGAGGGAGUGGCUCAAAAAGUUGCGUCCACUGUUUUGAUGAUGGUUUCAUCCAGUGUGAUAAUAUAUGAUUUCGUUGGGAUUCUUAAGAAACUUUUGUUUUCUCAAGUAAAAGGAUUUUUUUUCAGUGCGCCUGUAGAGCGUUGAUCCAGUUGUUAUCGGCUGAAAAAACGCGGUCGAGAAUCCCAAAAACGGAAGUUCUUGACGUCGUUUUCGUCGACGCACAUUCCUUCAUUUUGGUGAGUUUCGAAAGUUUUAAACGGGAAUUUUAAAUGGAAAAAACGUUGAAAUCGGUCACUAACUCUUCUUGAUAUUGGAUUAUCUAAAAACCUUUUAUAAAAUUUGACCAUGCUCCUUUAAACUUGCCAGCCAAGAGUUUUGAAGGAAAGGAACGUCAAGAAAAAUAUUUUAAGAUAUUUUUUCAUUUCGAGAGUUUCAAAGGCAAAUUUGGUAAGGAAAAAUCUACGAAAUCGGUUAUUAACUUUGAAAUUUUUCCGACCUCUGGAUUGUCUAAAAAUAACAAUGAACACAGCAUCUAUGAGCCUUUUUAAAAUUUGACCAUGCUCUUUUAAUCUUACCAGGAGGACAUUUUUAACAAACUGUUGGUUCAAAAAUUAUAUUUUUGGUUUUUUUCCUUCAUUUUGACGAUUUUCAAAAGUUCCAGACGCUGAUUUCGAUGAAGUAAACGUUGAAAAAGCUUUUUUUGAAAUUGUUCUGACCCUCAUAUAGUUUAAAAAAAUAACAAUAAGAACAGAUUCUACGACCUUUUAUAAAGUUUGACCACGCUCCUUUGAACUUACCAGGAGAACAUUUUUUUAACAAACAGAAGGUUCAAAAAAAUAAUAUUUUUUUCAAUAUUUCUUCUUUUCGACGAGUUUCAAAAAGUGUCAGCCGCAAAUUUCUAAAGGAGAAGCUUCAGAAUCAGUUAUAACACUUUUUUGAAAAUUUCGAAUUUCCAAAAAGUAGCGAUGAAUGAAGAUUCUUCUUCUGAAUAAGCGAAAAAAAUUUCUGAGUCUGAAAAAAAUGGGAUUUCUUAACCUUUGAUAAAUUUUUUUCCAUGCUCCUUUAAACUUACCAGCAAACAUUUUUUUGAAGAAACUGUAGAUUCAGAUAUUUUAUUACUUCUUCAAAGUCAGUUCGAUUGAAAAAAACAGUUGGAACCCAUUUUUUUGUACGAAAAAAACUUUAAAAAGUAUUAUUUUGGUCAUUUUCCGCCAGUUUUCGGGCUUCUCAAGGGCAAAGAACAGUCUCAAAAAAACAAGAAUCCAAAAGCUCUUUUUUUGAAUUUUUCAAAAGUGGUGUCAAAAAGCUUCUCGGAACCUUUUUCCCAAAAAGGUCAAGAAAAAAAUGAGCUUUUUUUCAAAGGUUUUUAUUUCAAGUACUGUGAAUGUACUUUUUUUGGCUUUUUUGGAAAAAAAAAUCUUUUUCCAUUUUUUUGUCAUUUUGAAGUUGAAAAAAACUCGAUAGUUAAGAUUAAUAUGAACAAAUUUAUGUUCAAAAAAGAUCUGAAAAAUGUUUACCUUUUCUAGUUUUUUGGUCCAUGUUUCAAAGAAAAGCAUGAAAAAGUAUCUAUAAAUCCUUUCAAAACGUUAAAAAUUGAACUCUAUCUUUUUUCACGCAAAAAAUUGUCUCGAUACGCUUCCGCGGCUGCCAAUAGCGCCCCCUUUUCCUUGAAUUUUUUUCUUUUCUUGAUUGAUUCCUUCCCUCACUCCCACGUGACCCGCAAUUCGUGUAUCAGCUCGGAAAAUUGCUGCGUUUUUUGUGCGUUCCUAUACUGAGAUUUUUGAGCUUUUUAGUAGGAAUUCCCGUUCAUUUUCUCCGUAUUGAAAUUUGAAAAUGAGAAAAAAACUUCAGCUUGAAAAUGGCAAUAUUCUUUUUCUCAGAUUUUUAACCUCUAAAUUUAAUAAUUCAGUAAAUGAUAAUACAAAUUUUUCAACACAAUGAUCUCCGUUUUCUGUGACUUUAUGUUGAAUUUUGCGUUUUUUUCAGUGAAAAAAAUUUCGUUUAUUUGUUUCUGAGAAAGUUUCCUGUGAUCAUAUUUUCUUGUAGUUUCAAGAAAUCCUCCAUAAUUUGAAAAAAAUAUUUACUUGUUUCAUGAAAAAUUUUGCAGCAUUUUUUUCUCCAAUGUUUUUCUUCUCGGAUAAGAGCGAAAGUGUUUCUAAUUGAUUUACUUUUGAUAUUUUUCUGUAAAAAGGAUUUUUUUCAUUUUCAACGCUUCGAUUAUCUGUACCCUUUAGUCAAAAAAAUUUUUAAAAAAAUAAAUAGAUGAUUUUCUAAAUUUAUUCUCAAAUCCUUUUGGAGAAAAAAUUGGCAUAAAAGGCAACAAUAAUAUAUUUUAGCUGAUCAAAUACUGAUUUUUUUACUAAAUUCAGUCUGAAUUUAUUUUUUUGCACGGAUGGGAUUCCUGAUAUUAUCUCAUUCAAAUUUUUGUUGCUUUAUAUAUAAUUUAAAAAAAUGGUAUUUUUGGAGAAAUGCCCAUUCACAUCACCAUAUGACGAAGGAAAGGGUAAUAAAAUAUGUGUUGCUAUUUUGGCGCCAAGUCUCUAAAGAGCGGUCUUUUUUGGGAUUUGAGCUUUUGAAUAACGGCUUUUCAUGCACAUUUUCCGAAUAUUUUAUUAAUUGUCUCGAAUAUUCGAAUUUCAAAUUGCAAGUAUUUGAUGGAUCUGAUCAGAACUUUUUCGGAAUAUCAAAAUCGAGCAGAUCUAUUUUUUCAACUUUUUUCGUGUCGUUUGUUUUUUUUUCUCCGGAGACUCCAUUAAUAAAUAUAUGAAGGAAGAAAAAAUAGGAAAAGUCCUGAAUUUUUUUUUGUUUCAGCAAGAAUUUUGAACCCGUCAUUGAACAAUUUUUAUUGUAAAAAAACGAAAAUGAUAGGAAAGAUAAAUUUUUUCUACUAGAAAAAUUUUUCCUCUCCAUCUUUCUCCAUUUUUCGGCUGCUCUUAGCCGUCUUUCAUUACCAAAACUUUCACUUUCAUUGAAACCUGCUUAGAAUUGUUUUAAUGGUGUUUGAAGUUGUCACAUUUAUCUCGAAAAAACCGAAAAAGUGUUUUGUCCGGCGAAUUUUAUAAAGGUAUGAUUCCUGGAAAAAUUAGAGUUUUUGAGAAUUCAAAAAAAUUCCGCAGUUUCAUUUUACUCGAUUCUUUUUUUAAAAAAAUGAGUCCUAAAAAUCAGAAUUUUAACAUUUCCAAAAAAAAAAGUUUGAGCGCUGAAUGUUUUGAAGAUCUUUUUCCUUUGAUUUACCCGCCGUCCAUUUUCAAAUUUUCCCCUUUUUUUGGCUUUUUUCGUUGAUAUUCACCAGUUUUCUCUCUUUUUCUUCACUUUCAAAGUUUCAGAAAAAAAUCUUGAUUUUUCUAGGUACCAGAAAAAAAAGCAUGAACUUACUUUUUUGUUUGAGCAGAAGUGGGUAUUUUUUGUGCUUCAAAUAAAGCUUUCACUUGUUUUCAGUGCAAAAUAAUGGUUCAUUUAUCCGUCUUUAUGAUUUCAAAAAGUUCGAAAACGUCUAAAAGUCGACUUGAAUAGGAAGAACAAAAUUUUUAUAGUCUAUUCUCGAGGAGAAGAAUCCUAUUUUUGGGCUCUUUCUCAUAAAUUUCAGUGAUAAUGAACCCGUUUCGAAAGCUUCAUCGAGAAAUACCUCGAAAUUGAACUUUCUUCGAUUCCAGGACAAGACAAUCGUGACAUUAUCUCCGUUGUUCGAAUGCCCGGAAUAUCUGUCGGACUUGGUCUACGGCCUGGUGAUGUCCGCUGGGGGCAUCAGCGAAGGAACCGAGAAAUCGGGAAAAUUCACUCUUUUGGAAUAUCAAAAGUCGGUUUCGAAGAAGCCUGAGGUUCGUUUGUGUGUGACGGAAAUACGAAAAAAUCAUAAAAUUGGGAUGAAUUGAGGCUUAACUCUUGUGAAGGGUCACAGAAACUGUAAAUUGAGUCGCUUGAAAGGAAAAAUCCUUUUUUGUCACCUUGAGAAGAAAAUUGGAUUAUCAGAAAUGAAAAAUCGGAAAAUAUAUUUUAAAAAGGCGAAGGAAUUAGAUUAAAGAGAAAAUUUUUUUGGCAAAUGCGUGUUUUUUGGGGAAAAAGGAAAUGUCGCUCCAUUGAGAAGAUAGAGGAAAUUUCGCCCCAACGAGAAAAUUGAGGAAAUGUUGCUCCAAUGAGAAGAUUGAGGAAAUAGCGCCCCAAUGAGAAGAUUGAGGAAAUGUUGCUCCAAUGAGAAGAUUGAGGAAAUAGCGCCCCAAUGAGAAGAUUUUUUGAAUUAUGCUCAUUCUCGGUAACGCAAACCGGACGCGCCCCGGACGCUUCUGAGCAUUUCUAGUGAUCACUUUAGGGGCGUCAGCACUCUUAAGUGAUCCCUAUAGUUUUAAUGAUCCCUUUAUCGGCGUCAGCAAUCAAAUAGUUGAAAAGAUCUUGAGGGGUCACUUAAGAACCCUGAAGCCCCUAAAGCGAUCACUAGAAAUGCUCUGACACGUCCGGAGCGCGUCCGGUUUGCAUGACAGAGGUCCGAGGGACUGAAACUUGAAAGAUUUGUUAAAUUUUCAAGAGAAACCUAUCUUGAAACUUUUCAAGUAAGAUCCCCGUUUCAGAAGCUGGAACGAUUCCUGGAAAUCAUCGCCGAUAUGCUCAAUCAAGGCAUGAAAAGCGGCCGGAUCGGCCACAGUGUCCUUCAAAUUUUGCCUCAGGUGAAAAUUCAAGUUUUUCAGAUUUUCUGGAAAAUUUUUGGUUUGAAAAUGGCCUCCUUGAAAAUAUUCAUAACGAUUCCGUUGUCCGAAAAAAAAACGAAAAAAUUGGUGGAAAUAGCGCUUGAAUUGGAGAGACGCAGACUUCUCUUUUUCUCUUGAAAUUCUCCUUUUACCUCACUCUCUCACCUUUCAGUCUUGGUGACGAAAAACAUUUUUAGUUUUAAAUAAUUAUACCAAGGAUAAAAAAUCAAUCGAGUUAAUCUUAUAAACGAAACUCUUCAUAGUGAUCCUGUUGACGAAGAAAAAACUGGAGUUUUCAAGAGAAAUAGCGUCUAAAUUGGAGAGACGCAGAAAUCUCUUUUUCUCUCAGCUCUCUCUUUUCCCACACUCUCACUUUUUGAUUCUUAAAAAAAAAUAAGAGAAAAACUUAUUUUCGCUUAGUUUGAGCAUUCAGAAAGAGAGAGUAUGUAAAUUGUGGAGACGCAUACAUGUCUUUUUCUCUCGCGCCUCUUUCUCUUUCACACUCUCAAUUUUAAAUUUUGAUAGGGGAAAGUAUGAGAAAAAUUGAUCGCUUUGAGUAUGUUCCAAGUUUCACAAGAGAGAUAGCGUGAACUGAAGAGACGAAGAUUUCUCUUUUUCUCAUCUGCCUCUCUCUAUUCCACACUCUCUCACUUUUUGAUUCUUGAUAAAGGAAUUUAUGAGAAAAAUUGAUCAGAUAGAAUAUGUUCCAAGUUUCGCAAAAGAGAUAGCGUGGGAACUAAAAAGACGUAGACUUCUCUUUUUCUCUCUCAUCUCUCUUUUUUCCAUAUUAUCUCACUUUUCAAUAUUGAUAACGAGAAAUAUGAGCAAAAUGAGAGUUUCGCGGGGUUUGAGCAUUCAUAGAGAGAGUGUGUGUAAACUGAGGAGACCUAGACGUCCUUUUUUUCUCUCAAAUCUCUUUCUUUUCCACGCUCUCUCACUUUUCAAUAUUGAUAACGAAAAAUAUGCAAAGACAGGGCAAGUUUGAUUCUCAUGGGAUUUACAAUUAGAAAUAGGGAGUGUGUCUACUGAAGAGACGUAGGAAUCCUUUUUUUUUCUCAUUCUCCUCACUUUUCUCCACACUCUAUCAGUAAUCCAAGAAAAAGUAGAAGAAUAAUGAGGAAAAUGGAUUUUUGUGAGAUGCCGAGAAGCCGCUUUAGGGUUUUUUUCUGGAAAAAAGGUCGAAAAUUCGUCGCGCCAUCUUUCUCUCUAUCUUCUUUUCCCUCUCCUCUCUCGGAAGGCUUUUUCGUCGCUCCGCCCCCUGUUGCACGGCAAAACCGUUCGCCGACAACAUUACACAGUUUUGCCAUGGAGCCGUCGCUUCUUCCUCCAAUUUUCUUUUUUCCUAGGACGGACCUUUUUAAUUCACAACCAGUUCUUAUUUUUUUUUUUCCCCGGAAGCUUCUAAAAAUUACCUUUUAGGUUCAAGAUUUUUGAUAUUUCUUAGAUUUUUUUGAUCAAGUUAGUCCAAAUGGAAACUGCGAAAAAUCACUUUUUUUCAAUUUUUCGGUAUACUUUUUGAAAUUUCUUCUAAUUUCUAUCUUUUUAAAUUAUUUCUCUAAGUAUCUUUGAAUGGUCAGACUUCCAUUUUUGGUAGAUCGACUUGACAAAACUGAGACAUUGAGAUUUGUACAGUUUUUUUCAGGUACCCAAGAAAUAAUGAUAAAAGCCUAUUAAAGAAAAAAUAUGAGCUCUUUUUAAUCUUCACCCUUUUUGAACCUGUAUAUCACUGAUUUUUGAAUUUGCAUUGAUUUUUUUGAAUAUUUCACAGCCGUAGAAUUAUUCUAAUUUAUGAUAUUUUUUUGUUUUAAAAAGCCCCCGUGAAAAAAGCAAAGAGUUAUUUCAGUCGAAUUACAAGAUUUCGGACUUUUUUUACAUUAGAUAUCAAUUAGUGCCCCCCAAGCCUACUAUUGAGGGGAGGGCGCCUUGAUAUCCCGAAAAAAAUGCGUGAUCACAGUUCACACACGUGCUUCUGAUUAUUUAGCACCAGGUUCCAGGCGGCUCCGCCCCCUUUUUUUAAAAGAUACUGUAGACAGUAAACUGAAAAAAAUUAAUUUUUUUCCUGUUGAGAAAUUCAUUCAAAAAAAUGCUUGGAAAGGUAAGAAAAACACUAUUUUGAGUAUUUUUUUCAGUUACAACUUUUUUUUCUAACUCGACUUCUUUGGGGAGGAAAAAUAUUUUUUUUUCUUCAAAAAAACAGCGAUUUUUUUCAGUACACAGAAAAAAACGCAAGAAAAACAAAUUUCAGGAAGAAAAAAACGAUUUAUUUCAAUAUUUCUAGGUUAUUUGAAGUUCAAGGUAUACCAAAUCUUACGAAUUUGUUCACAGUAUAUUUUGAAAAAUUUGGAAUUUCUGGUAUUUUUUCUUUUGUCUCAUUAGCAAGUAUUUUGUUUUCUUUUUCUGUUAUUUUUCUGAAAAUUUAAUAUCCAUUUUUAUCUUUUUGUUCUAGAAAACUCCUUUUCAAGUUUUUUUUUUCCUUUAAAUAUUUAAGCUUUUUUUCCAGGUCCUGAGUCAUUUGGGAUUUUAUGAACAAAACGCCGAUGCUUCUCCUUCCGUCGGAAUCAUCAUUUCGCUCUUGGAAAAAGGUAUUUUUUUGCUCUUAAUUUUUGAAAAAAAGUGUAGAAGUUUUUCUUUGUGAAAUAUAUUUUAAAGAAGUAGAUACAUUUUUUUCUUUAUAAAUUCAUUUUUUCCUGAAGAUUUACGGAUUUUUUUGGUAUUUUCAAUGGAUUUCAACCAGUUUCCCGAUGUUUUUUCAAAAUUCUAUCAUCCAACUUUAUCAAUCGAUUCCAGAUCGGAAGAUCGCCGAAAUGUCCCCCAAUGAGAAGCCGAAUGGUUCUCGACGCCCUUUGCUCCUUGUUAGUGUGCAAUAAUGACAGUAAAGUCUGCUCUACCGCACUAUCGAUGGUUUGUUUCAUUUUUUCGGGCUGGCCCGACCCGAGUUCUAGGUCCCCUUUCCAUUCCAUCUCCUAAAGUUCUCCUCGAAAAAAUAUCUCAAUUCGUUACUUAGGAACGCCAGAGUGGUCCCUAGAGAGGUUGGGAGGGAAACCGCCCCUAUAGGGUGGUAUUCAAGUGGUCCCUAUAAAGGUUUAGGGUCUGUAUAUAAUAUAUAAGUGAUACCUAUAGGGUUUUAGGGACUGUAUUUAGUAAUCAAGUGGUCCCUAUAAGUGUUCUAGGUCUGUAUAUAAUAUUCAAGUGGUCUCUAUAGGGGUUUAGGGUCUGGAUAUUACGUUCAAGAGGUCCCUAUAGGUUUUAGGGUCUGUAUAUAAUAUUCAAGUGUUCCUAAUAGGGUUUUAGGGUCUGAUCAAAAACGUCAUUUUUGUCGAUCAUAUAUCUGACCUGAAAAAAGCUCGGGCUUCUUGGGUCAGGCCGCCCGUUUUUGGUUGAAGCCCCGGACAGGCCCUUUUCGAGACCCCUGACCUCGGUUAAGCUCACCCAAGACGCUACUAAGCAACCCUAGGGACCACUUAAGAGUUCUAACGCCGCUAAAAAAUAUUGGGCUCACCAAUACAUCGGCUUGAUUCCACCCCAGGCUUUUGCGCGCGAAAAAAAGAUUUGAAAAAAAAAUCCAGCCGACGUAUGAGCUUACUAUAAAUACUCCGUUAUAAGCUGCUGGCAUGAUUUGUUUUUUUCCAAUACUUGUUGCUAACUUUGAACCAAUCUCUAUUUUGUUCAGAUAUUGGAAUCGCUUUCGAGCAAUAUUCCGACUUUGAGACGUUGUGCCGCCGAAAAACUCUAUGAACACUUCUGUUGUGAUCCGGAGGCUGAUGAUGAGGUUCUUUGGUUUUUUUUUUGUUGAAAAAUCUCAAGAAAAAUAAUGGAUCCAUUCCAAAUGCCGGCCGAGCUGUCGAAAAUUUGAACUUUAUUAAGAACUAUGCGAGAAAAAGUCUUCUCUCCACGGAAUUCCGAAGAAAAAAUUUUCAUUUUUCAAACAUUUUACGGCUUUUCUUGUAUGUCAAAAAGUAUUGAAACUUAUUUUUCACCCAUAAAAGUUCCCAGGUGCUCCAACUCCUCUGCGAGACUAGCUGGCAGGACAACGAUGACGUCACGAGCGCCCUCAACGCUGCCGCCGACGUCAAACAACGUCUUCUGAAUCCAAUCAGAUGA